AUGACUUCGAACGAUCAAGAACCAAUUCAAAUUCGAGGCGAAGAUAUUUCUCCAUCUAAAGAUGGGUGUCUUCUCAAAGAAAUUCUUCAUGAAGGUAUUGGUGAUGAUAUACCUUUGCAUGAUGAUAGAGUUUCUAUACAUUUUGUUGCAAAACGACUUGAUGGAUCAAUAUUCAACAAUACUCGGGAACAUGAUCGUAUGUAUACUUUUUCUCUGGGUCAAGAAGAAGUAAUUAAAGCAUGGGAUAUCGGUGUAGCAACGAUGAAACGUAGUGAAAUUGCACGAUUUAUUUCGAAACCUAAAUAUGCUUAUGGGCAAAAAGGAUAUGGUGAUAAAAUAGGACCAGGUGUUACAGUAGCAUUCGAAAUAGAGCUCGUUGAAUUUGGUGAUCUUAGUCCAGAUCAUGAUGGAAGCAUUAUGCGACGAAUAUUAAAACGAGGCGAAGGACAUAUAAAACCAAAUGAAGAUGCCAAGGUCGAAAUGAAGCUUAAAGGAACAUAUAAUGGUCGAAUAUUUGAUGAACGAACAGUGAAUUUUAUUGCUGGAGAAGGUUGUGUACACGAUAUUCCUCACGGUGUCGAACGUUGUGCUUAUAAGAUGGCUACACGUGAACAAUGUAGAGUAUAUUUAAAGUCUAAAGCAAUUGAAUGCCUUGCAAAAUAUGAUAUUCCUCCUGAUGCAACUGUUGAGUAUGAUCUUACUAUGAUCAGAGUUGAACGGGCUAAAGACACUAAACCACAAACUGACGAAGAAAAACUGGCAGAAUCUGAAAUUUUAAAAGCACGUGGAGAUGCAUUACUGAAAGGUGGUCAUUAUGAAGUUGCUAUAAGAAAAUACCAAAAGAUAUAUGAAUAUCUUCUAUCAGCAAUAUUUUCUCAUGAUAGUGACAGAGACAGAUGUAAAUAUUUGAAGAUUGCUUCUCAAUCUAAUUUGGCUCUAUGUUAUAUGAAAAUGGGCAAUUAUGAUGAUGCUAAACGAGUAUGCAAUAGAGCGCUGGAUUUCGAUGAUAAAAAUGAAAAAUGCAUUUUUCGACGUGGUCAAUGUCACUUAGCAAUGCGUUUUUAUGAUCGAGCUAUUCAAGAUUUUGAAAAUGUUCUUAGAAUAAAUCCGUCAAAUCUUGCUGCAAAACAACAAAUUCAAAUAUGUGAACAAGAAAUUAAAGCACAUGAAGUCAAAGAAAAGGAAUUAUAUAGAACUAUUUUUAAGAAAGCUGCCGAAGUCAAUACAGGCAAAAAGGUUAAAUAA